UGCGAGUUUCAAGUUCGAGUUCUGCUGCGCGUCGACGUGGACCCGGCGCUUGUAAACGACCCGUCGUGUCAGCAUGACGAUACUGCGCGUCGGGCUCUGCCCGGAGUUGACAGCGCCGAUCGUCGAAAAGCUGCGCGCCUCCGGUGUGAGGACCGUCCUCGAAUACCUGUCGUCCGAACGCGAAACUCUUGCCGAGCGCACCGGGCUCGCCUACGGGGACGUGAUUCGAUUGCGCCGCUCACUGCAAGCGAUCUACGCGCCUAAGCUGCGCACGGGAGUCGAACUCUACGAGCAGCUACUGGAGACCACGGCCAUCUUCACCACGGGAAGCGGGAACGUGGACGAGGCCAUAGGCGGCGGAGUCUACACCGGGCGCAUCACCGAAAUCGUUGGCGCCGGUAACAGCGGCAAGACGCAGCUGUGCCACAGCCUCGCCGCCAAUCUCGUCGUCGCCAGUCACUUCGGCGCGCUCUACGUGGACGCACUGAGCUGUUUCUCACCCGAGAGACUGCGCCAGAUUGUGUCUUGCAGAGUAGCCGGUGACGUCAAAACUGAAACUGUCCUUUCCAAGGUAAGGCACGUCGCCGUCUGCGACUUGCUGGAGAUGGUUCAGGUCGUGGACCAAGUGCGCGACUCGCUCUGCUCUGCGGGAAAAAAGGACGAGACUUUCUUGUCGAACGUGAAAAUGAUACUCGUCGAUUCCUUGACGGCCGCCGCCUCUCCGGUCUUGACCGGCAACCAGUACGUCGGCGGUUUGUCGCUGUUGUCGCACCUCUGCAACGCGCUGCAGUACCUGGCGGCUCGGUUUAGGAUCGCCGUCGUGAUCACCAACGACUUCGUGGCUGGGGAAGGCGUCGUCAUGAAACCUGCCCUGGGUCGGUACUGGGAGGACGUGCCGUCCGUUUCCCUCGAGCUGAAUCUGCUCGGUGAUCUGUUUGACUGCGGCGAAACGCGUGAACUGAGAGUCGUGAAAAGCCCCGACGCCAGCGCUCUGGGCAGAGUCGUGAGGUUUAGAAUUGUGCCCAAGGGAAUCACAACUGUGGUUGCGAACUCCUGAGUGCGUUGCGACGAUCGAUUUGUCCACUAAUUAAGCUAGCCCAUAAUAAUAAUAAUAAAGAUAGCCCGGUCCCACCGUUAAGCAGCGUUUUUGUCAAGAGCUGCCAGACAUAAAGCUCGCUUUGCACACGCACCAUGCGUCAGUCCUGUGUCAAACCACUUUGGGGCUGCAGGCUGGUCAGAAACAGACGCAUGUCCCUGGCGUGUUCGCUGGGCUCGUGCCAUGAAUUGGCUUCGCAUGCUUGUUCGUAUAACUGGAUACAGGUCUCUGGGCUUGAGAUCUCCCCAUCGCAAUGUGUAGGGCUUCAACAUCUCAGUGUAGGGUCUUUGCUGGACUUGCAUGAGACAGCAAUAAGAUUCUCCAAAAGUGGCUUCUGUCGCAGAGUGUGCUGCUGCUGUUACUGGCGGAGCAUUUUUGAAGGAGGCAUAAGUCCAUGAAAAAGUCAUUGUUUGGCGAAGCCCCUGCCAAAGUCUGCACAAGCUACUCCAUGAAGUGUGCUUGAGGUUUUUCAGUCACACUAGCCGAUGUUUGAAGGUCAAGCUCCAGCGUCUUCCCAGCCUACUGAGCGACGAAUUCACGAAGUGAACUUGGUUGAGCUUGGAACUGCGGCAUAUUCUCAGCCAAUGGCAAAGCAUCACCUGCGCAUUAUGUGCCACGAAAGCACUGCUGAUGUUCUUGUGGGCCACAAGCCUUAAUGAAACUUUGUAAAUAUCUCUAUAGUGUAUAUGUGUGUGCAUGUGACUGUAUGUGCUUUUAAAUGUUCAUCACUUUAUAUAUAAUAAUAAUCACCCACUACCUGGAGCAGCAUAUCAGGCAAACAGCCAGGCUAACAUCUUCAGCAUGUCAUUAAAGCUAGUCUCUCUCUCUUCCUCUUGCAAAGUGAAAAUUAGGGAUGCUGAUGAUGAUGAUGUUAGUGUCAUUGGAACAUACCCACUCAAGGGGAGGGGUCAAGAGUCAGGCAGGCUUUAGCCAUGUGUCAAUAGAAUAAAUCUAAAAAUCAAUAAUUUUGAUGAAUAAAUUAAAGCAAAUAAAAUGAUCCAGUAAAUAGUCAUUCUAAAAGAACACAGAAAAAGAAAGAAAAAAAUAUAUAUACGUUUAUAAAAGACAAUGAGGGAAGAAUUAAAUAAUACGACUAACAAUGAAAUCAGUUAGAUUCAACAGUGAAUUUCUCGCUGGUGAUGCAUACAUCCCUGUGUGAGCCUCCAAGCACAGAUGCUCUGAAAGACUGCAGCACUGGAGAGUUCAAUGAUGAGCCGAGCUGUCACAUUGCAAUGUCCUUUUUGUCAGGGAGAAGAAAUGCAUUGAGGCAAAUCACACUUGAUGUCUUCAUCCACCUUACACAGAAAAAUAUGGCUGAAUGCCCGAACUUCGGUAUGUACAGGGUGUCCCAGCUAUCAUCCAUUGCGUUAAAAAAAGAAAGGAAAAACCGGUUCAUUCUAUGCAAAGACAACUAUGUCCACAGUGUCCAUAGUUGAGUAGAGUAGCCACCAGUAAUUUUGUUGGCGUCAUUCAAUUAACAAAUUAAUUGCAAUCAACUAUUUUUUAUUUGCUACCCCGAAUGCUGUGGUGUCAACGAAGAUAGAUAAAGAAUUCUAUUGAGGUCCUGAAGAAAUCCACCCCUGCUUUAUAGGGGGAGGAUCGUGGCCACUCCCACAUAGGGCGGAGAGGCCUAGCCUCACCGCCGCAUCGCAGGCCUUCUGGACAGCCUUGAGUUCAUGUAGUAGGGCCGGGCUCUUGAAUUUGUAAGAAAUUGAAAGAAACCUGAAGAUGGGGGGGGGGGGGGGGGGGGCAUGUGACUAACCGUCUGCCUGCAUCAAAAAGUAGUGCCAUCAAACAAGCUAUAGUGGCAGAGCUGGUGCUUUAUCUGGCACGCCCCGCCCUCGACAGCGCGCUACCUUGGUGUAGAUAAGGAAAGAGUGCCGAUAAUUGGUUGUUGAUGCGUCAUGGAAAGACUGCGCGAAAGAUCUCCCUGUAACAAUAUAUUUGUUAUCGCCAUAAAGUAAACCCCCAUAGAGCAACCCUUGAAUUUGUAUUCUUUCAAGCGAUACCUUUGUAAGCAUCCCUCAGCAUAUCAUGUCAUGUAGCAACGCACACUUACCCACAUAUAUUUACAUACUCCGUAUUUACAUAUGUACAUGUUUAGUGUUUUUCACAAUGGUUUUCAUUAAAUGUCAAUACUGUCUUUGA